CGCGAAUGAAAGCGGCAACAAAGAUAUGAUAAGGCUUAUCGGUUGCAUAUACUCGCGAGAAAUAGUAAAUAUUUGUUCGUAACCCACGAGCCGCCGGCUUCAUAAAUCUUGAUCUUGCACGCACGCACGCACGCACCCACGCUGGUACGCACGUACGCACGUCCACGGCUUUUCCCGUUUGUCUCGGAAACGAAGAUGCGAAAAGUCAACAGUCUCUCACAGUGCGCGAGAAGAUCGGCUCACCUGUCGACAUUGACGAGCGACAAUCGCCACGACGGGAAAUGACACCGAGAGGAUUUCGAUUCACGCGAAAUCUCGACGGGUUUCGUUGAACCCGUACGCGUGUGCGUCUCACGCAGGGAACACGCAAAAUGCGAUACGGCACAAUCUGCGCGGGUACGGUACGCUGCGAUAACGUGUCACACGUCGAAAGAGAUUACGACGGGAGGGCUAUUCGUAAAAUUUACAAAGCAUGAGCAGAAAGUACUCGCUACCCCGGAUGGCGAGAUCGACAGAAUCAGAAAGUGGAGGAAACAUGUAUAAUUAAAUAUUGUUUGCUAGCUGAGAGAGACAAGUUUUAACGGAGAAGACUUAAACAAUUUACGUUUAACUUGCAUUUAAUCAUAAAAGUGUAAUGUUAACAUUACAUGUACAGAUAAGCAUAUAAAAGACCCUUGUAACAUUAUCAUUAUAUACAUGGUAAAAGGCUAUGACUUAUCAUGAUAUCAUCUUUUUGUUCUAUUUUCAGCCUAGUCAAAUGCGAGAUUUGAUAGUACGAUUGUAUCACUGUUCUGUAAAUGUAACCUAAACAAUAGGCAAUAACUCGCUAAAAGAAUUCUAAUAAACUAGUGGGAAUGGGCAAUUGUUUGUGUAAAGAUACUCCAGAGUUAUAUGACAUUGAGCCAUAUGGCAGUAACAAUCAUGCAGAAGCUCAAAAUACCAGAAUACCAGAACCAAGUACAGAUUCAUGCAGUGAUUCGGCAUCUCCUUCUUUUAAGUUUCCUACAUUGUCACACAUUGACAAACUCGUAUUGGAGACACUUGGAAGUCUUGAUACUCUGGUAGACAAUGAUCAUGAGCCACCACCAGCAAUGCUAAAAUUGAAUGCCAUUGCGGACAAAGAAGAAGGUUGGAUACAAGUAGUUAAUUCUAUGGUUAAUGUUAUUCCAAUGAACAAUCCAUUGGGUCCUUCGGUUAUAAUAUUAUUACUAGAUGAUUGCCCUUUACCUUCAAAGGAUUCUGUGCAAAAAUUAUCAAACAUAUUUCAAUUGCCUCAAAUACGUGGGCAAAUGCAAGUUACAACUACACGGCAACGUAAUAUAUGCGUAGUACUUGGCUGCAUUGCAGAGAAACUUGCUGGUCCUAGUAGUAUUGCGAUAUUAUCUGAGGCUACUUUAGAUUAUCUAGUUUCAAAUCUACGAAAAGAUGUCGAGCCUUAUGUAAUGUUAUAUUCUUUGAUAGCACUAGAGAAGUUUGCACAGACAAGUGAAAAUAAGGUAACUAUUAAGAAACGUCUUAUGGCGGAAAAACAAAAUCCAUUAUUGGAAUUGGAGAAAUGGGCUACGGAAACUCAUUAUGUACGUCGACAAGUUGGUUUCUGUGCACAGUGGUGUUUAGAUAAUUUAUUCUUGAUGGAAGAUAGGAAAUAUUCUCACGAUUCCGUUGAUGUAACGGGUAUUAAUGUAAUGUUAAAUACGAAAGAUGUAAGCGAGUACCUGAAAAUAUCACCUAAUGGUUUGGAGGCACGAUGUGAUGCGUAUUCUUUUGAAAGUGUACGAUGUACAUUUCAAGUAGAUUCAGGAAUAUGGUAUUAUGAAACCUUGAUAAUAACUACAGGCGUUAUGCAAAUUGGAUGGGCUACAAAGGAUAGCACGUUUCUAAAUCAUGAGGGAUAUGGCAUAGGAGAUGAUGAAUUUUCUUUGGCCUACGAUGGUUGUCGCAGACUGAUUUGGUAUAAUGCACGAAGUGAAAAAUUUCACGACAGACCAUGCUGGAAAUCUGGUGAUAUCUUAGGUUGCUUAUUGGAUUUGAAUAAAUUAGAAAUAAUAUUUUCUAUCAAUGGUAUACCACUGAAACCAUGCAUUCAAGUAUUUAAAACAGUAAGAUCUGGAUUCUUUGCGGCAGCUAGUUUUAUGUCAUUCCAGCAAUGCCUAUUUAAUUUUGGACAUGUACCUUUUCAAUACCCACCUACUGAUCGAGAAUUUCAAAAAUUUAAUGACUAUGCUACAUUGAAACCAGAAGACAAAAUCAUACUUCCCAGGCACAUAUAUUUAGAUCAAUUACGAAGGCUUAGUGUUAGGGAAGAUUCUUGUACAAUAUGUUACGAUCAGAGGGCAUCAGUAAGGUUACUGCCAUGCGACCAUAGAGGAUUCUGCCAAAGGUGUUCAAAACAGCUAAUUGAAUGCCCAAUGUGUAGAGCUACUAUUGAAGAAGUAGCUUCAGAUAACAUAUGACAUCAAUCAUCUCGUACUAAUGAAUUCUUUCAUCAUUUCUUUAAGACCGUACAAUUUUUAUGGAAAUAUCACGAGAUAAUCAUAAUUACAGAUAAUUAUUUACACCGUGUAUUAUAUAUAAGUAUCAUGUGUCACAUAGUAUUUUUCUCUAUACAAUACGGUGCGUUAAUUAGUAGAAUAAAUAGAAAGAAAUUUAAUUAUAGAAAAACGAAUUUCGUGAUAGUGCGUUGCAAAGAUUUGAAUAAGUUUCUAUUUUAAAAGUCAAAUAUCCUAAGAAUGAACGCAAAUAUUUUACAAAGACGAAACAUUCACCUUGAAAUCUUUCCAUAUUUCUCUAUACUUUUUUUACUAUACAUUAUAUAGAUAUAUAUAUAUAUACAUAUAUAUAGAUUUAUAGCAAGAUAUUUUGUGAUUUAAACGAUAUUCUCAUAAACAUUAACUUCAAGAGAUUAAGAUUAUGUAUAAACAUAUAUUAAUUAUAUAUUAAUUUAAUAUAAUUAAUAUAAUUAAUCAAUAGAGAGAACUAAAUGAACAGGAGAAAAUUAUAAUAAAUAGAUUGGAGAAAAUCAUGAACUAGAAGAUGAGCAUAAAUCAGAGAGCUCAAACUCCACAUAAAAAAGUUUCAUAUAGAUUUUUGAUAGAAGUAACAUAUGUAUUUAUCACAAAAGAUGUAAUAGUCAAACAUAACUUUUAUAUUGAAUUCUUGUAGGUUUCAUGAUAUUGAAUACAAUGAUUGCUCUAUUGAUUUCUAGAUUCUCUCUUGAAACUUACGACUGAAUCAUAAAAUUCAAAAGAUUAUUUAUUCGCUAAUUUAAAAUAUAUCUCCUUCAUUAGAAUUACAAAAGUUCAGAUUAUAUCUUCAAACCGUUUAAAUUCUUGAAUAGUUAUAUAAGUGACAUUUAUAACUAGUAAUAUAAUGUAAAUUUAUCUUUAAGGAACUGUGAAAUAUUGAUAGUAUAUGUUAUAUAUAAAGUACCUACAUACCACAUUCACGCACACACAUAGACACACAACACACACACACACACAUACAUUCUUGGAAAGACAAAGAGAAAUUUAAUGUUUUAUCAUAUACAUGUAUUUUGCAAACAUUUUCUUAUAAAGUCUUAUUUUUGUUAUCAAUUACCUUUCCCGUUAUUUUUGAAUUAUUAACGUAAAGAAUACCUAAUAAUUCAUUUGAUAAUAAGUGUUGAAAGAAUUGAUCUACAAUCUUUCAUUUUUUAAAAUAAUAUAUGUACGUUUUAUAUCUACAGAGAAAACUAAAGUAUCAAGAUUAGACAUAAAAAUUCUCUCACCAAAACUUUUGACAAGUUUCUUCUAUUUCUCCUUUCUUACAUUUGAAUUAAUAAUACAAUUUUAAAGAGUAUUGUUAAUUUUGUACAUGGAUAUUUAUUAUUUAAUUAUAUAAUUAAAAAUUGUACCAAAAUAAAAUCAUUUAAAAUUUAGUUUCAAAUAAAAAUAUUUCUGCAUGUUUGAAAUGUUAUUGUAUAUUGUUUGACAAAUAUUAAUGUAAAAAAACUAUGAGAGAUAUUUAUCCAUGUGAACAUGGUUCCUGGAGUCAUGAUAAUUUUCACAUCAGAUUAGUACUAUAUUUUAUGGUUAGUACUAUAAUUAUGUCUUACAUAAAUGUGAUAAAUAAAAUUAUAAUUUAAGUACAGUA